AGCCCCGUUCUGUGGCAGGCGGCAGCCCGCUUCCUUAUUUUUAAAGUUGGUAUUUUCUGCCUCUCAGAAGUGGGGGCAAGGGCACAGCUACCCUGAUACCUUCCAGCUGUGCCCCCCACCGCACUGUUAUCAAGGCAGGGCGCGUUUUCCCCGGCGCUAGUGUCAGCUUUUGCCCCAGCCCUUGGCGUGGUGCUGGCGCUGCAGCAGGGAGCGCGUUGCUGCUCUCGGGGCGGGCGCGUGUCCCCGGCGGCUCGCCGUGCAGCAGGGGGCGGGCCGGGGGCAGGCUGCCAUGGGAGAGAGCAUGUCCAAGCGACUGAAGCUGCAGCUGGGGGGCGAGGCGGAGAUGGAGGAGCGGGCGUUCAGCAACCCCUACCCGGACUACCAGCUCCACGGAGCCGCCGCCGCAGCCUCCUCGAGCCCAAGCGAGGCCGCGGAGACCCAGCGGGACCCCGCGCCCUCCCCAGGCGGGGAAGAGACUGAGUCCCUCCCCUUCGGCCCGGACGGGAAGAUCAGUUCUCAGUUCACAAGACGGAUCCAGAGUAAAAUCAGAGACCUGCUGCAGCAAAUGGAAGAGGGGCUAAAGACAGCAGACCCACACGACUGCUCUGCCUAUACUGGCUGGACAGGCAUAGCCCUUUUAUACCUACAACUAUACCGCGUCACAAGAGACCAGAAGUACUUGCAGCGAUCCCUGGAUUAUGUGAAGAGAAUUCUUCGUAAUCUGACUGGACGAAGGGUUACUUUUCUCUGUGGUGAUGCUGGACCCCUGGCAGUAGGGGCAGUAGUGUACCACAAACUAAAGAUUGACAGUGAGUCUAAGGAGUGCAUCACAAAGCUUUUGCAGCUCCAAAGAACAGUCAUAAGCACAGACUCUGAACUUCCAGAUGAGCUUCUUUAUGGCAGAGCAGGUUACCUAUAUGCUUUGCUCUAUUUGAAUACAGAAAUUGGUCCAGACACUGUACCUCAGUCUGUUAUCAAAGAGGUGGUAGAUGCCAUUAUUGAGUCGGGUAAAAACUUCUCAAAGGAGGAACGCAAGACUGAACGCUGCCCUCUGUUGUACCAAUGGCACAGGAAGCAGUACAUUGGAGCAGCCCACGGUGUGGCUGGGAUCUAUUACAUGCUAAUGCAGCCAGUUUCAGAUGUGGCUCAGGAGACCCUGACAGAGCUGGUGAAACCGAGCAUUGACUAUGUACGUCAUAAAAAGUUCAGAUCUGGGAACUAUCCAUCAUCAUUAAGCAAUGAAACCGAUAGACUAGUCCACUGGUGCCAUGGUUCCCCGGGAGUCAUCCACAUGCUAAUGCAAGCUUAUAAGACCUUUAAAGAGGACAAAUAUUUGAAGGAUGCCAUGGACUGCAGUGAUGUCAUCUGGCAGAGAGGUUUGCUGAGGAAAGGGUAUGGAAUCUGCCAUGGGACCGCUGGCAAUGGCUACUCCUUCUUAUCUCUCUAUCAUCUAACUGAGGACAAAAAGUAUCUCUACCGGGCUUGCAAGUUUGCAGAGUGGUGUUUAGAGUAUGGUGCACAUGGAUGUCGUAUUCCUGACCGACCCUACUCUCUAUUUGAAGGCAUGGCGGGAGCUAUUCAUUUCCUAUCGGACAUAUUGGUACCAGAGACUUCCCAGUUUCCAGCAUUUGAACUUGGACCUCAAAGGAGAGAAAACAAAGUGGAACAGGACAGCUAAGAGAUCUGUUGCAAUGGAAACUCAAUGUCAAGAGUGACAAGACUGUCUAGUGCCUCUGAUACUGAACCAACUUUAAAGCCUAAACAAGGGACAAGGAAAUCCCUCUUCACACCUCUUUUUCCAAAGGACCACAAGUCAUUAAAGCAUGAAUCA